UCUGCCGGAGUGAAGGAAGUCCAUGUUAGGAAAUGUUCCCCCCAUGGGGCGCUGCUGCUGCCUGCCUCAGUCCGAGGAUUUACACCCAGCUGGACGGCUCGGAGGGACACACACUGGAUUUUGCGCUCACCGAGGGAAAGCACUGUAGCCAUCAUCUUCGUCUUCAUUAUGGCUCAAGCGAAAAUACAAGCGAAAAUGAACGAAGCUGCCCUCUGCAGCAAGUUCAGCAGGACGCUUUCUAUGGCAGACCGCUCGGGGCGACUCCUGGAAAGUUUGGAUCAGCUGGAAACGAGAGUGGAGGCUUUACGAGAAGCAGCAUCUGCCAUGGAGCAGGAAAGGGAGUGCAUCCUGGAAAUGAUUCAGUCCAUACAGAACAGUCAAGAAAUGAGGAACAUCUGUGCUGGUGAGAGGGAAGAGUUAUCUUUGACUGCGAACCGUCUGAUGGGCCGAACGUUGUCUGUGGAGAUCUCUGUUGGCACAAUCAGAAACCCCCAACAGGAGGAUGCACUACUCAAGGCCACGUCUAUGAUAGACGAGAUCGUGAAAAAGCUGCUGAGCGACAUGGAAGGUGGCCGUCAGCAGCUGCUGGCCCUGCACGCUGCCUGCGUCACGGAGGCACCGCUCGUCCCUAUUGACCAGAAGUUUCAGACCGUGGUGAUCAGCUGCGCUCUGGAGGACCAGAAGAAGAUAAAGCGAAGGCUGGAGACUCUGCUGAGGAACGUUGAAAAUGCCGAAAAGAACAUCAAGAUAAUGGAUCACCAAAAACUGGAGGGCACAAAAGCUAACGGGGGUCACUGAGACCCUUUGCCGAGGUGUCUUGAAUUCCACUAACCUCACAGAAAGCUAUAGUUAGCUUUUACACAUUUAAUUAAUUUCAGAUGGACUCUGCUUGAAGCAGCAAGGAGAGGUCUUAUGGGAAAAUGCCAUACCGAAUUUUAACCUUUCACCUUUAGGUAGCACACCUUUUUGUCCAUCUUUUUGAAGCAUGCACAGAUUUCAAUGAUCGCCCAUUAUGCUGAUUUUGUUUGGUUGCACGGUCAACAGCGUGUACUGUGAACGUUCACCAAUUUACUUAAACCUGACAAGGUUUGAACAAGAUCAAAACACACGACUGAUUCUGACUUGUUGUCCAGGCCGGUUUAUCUGAAGCCAGGAAUGGUGCAGCACUUUCCUUUUUUAAAGCCUCAUCUACAAUGUACGGGCUGUUGAGAGGAUAAUGGAUGUUUGUACACUUCCUCCUUGUGUGAAGGCAACACAAAUCACAUAAAGCUGUGCAUUUUUUCACAAAUCACUUUGUAUUUAACAAAAAUGUAAUAAAACACUCUAUAAUAACA